GCCAUUAUGGAUGAUGUAUGCACUCUUCUGUCACAUUGGUGAAGGGAGCUCUGCAGCCGCGCCAGUCAAAUCGUCUUGACUGUGUGUUGAGUAGCUGAGACCUGUCUUAUCUUCACCUCAUAAUGCGCAGGCGUGAUCCUAUCUGAGCCUUGCAAAAAGCGUUUACCAUCUGAACUAGACGUCGUGUGCGCUGCUCUUCAUGUGGCGCUCAAACGAAUCCUAAAAGACCAAAAAUUGAUGUAUUUUUGCGUGCGAAUACAGCCAGGACAUGAAGGGUUCUCUGCUAGCUGGUCUCUCCGAACAACAUAAUUCAACCUGUGGAUAGUGUGGAGCGCGUCUGUGGCCACCGGCCAGUCUCCGGCUCUAUAUAUCUGGGACGCUUCUGCCUCCAGACCUGCUGCGCGCGUCUUUUCCCCGUUGGCUCCGGUCCGUGUCGGCGUGGGAUCCGGUGUUCCGUUUGACCUAAGCCGUGAGCAGGUAUUCAGUUUAUGAAUGGCACUGACAUGGAGGAAAUACCGUUUCAGAAAGUCAAAACCAGGCGGAAGAGAAGUCACUGUCCAACGGGCGUCCCUUUGACCACCAUCGCGUGUGAGGACGAGUUCGACUGCAAGGAGCUCGAGUCCCUCUUCCAGAACUACAACCUGAAGCUGGAGCAGACGUCCACCCUCAAAGCCCUCGCCGUCCUCAUCUUCAUGUCCUCGACGCUGGCCGUGGUGGAGUUGCUGUCCGGCCCCAGCCUCACCAUCUCCAAGGGGUCCCAUCCAGUCCACUGUAUCAUCUUCGUCUCCCUGUUCAUCGUAACUAACGUCAAGUACCUGCAAGUGACUCAGCUCCAGCAGAUUGUGAACUUGACGCUGCUCUUCGGCUUCACUUUCUCCUUCCUGUGCUGUCCCUUCUCGCUGGGCGCGAUGGGGAUGGAGCCCCCGACGUCCCCGGAGCAAGGCGUGUGGCAGCUCAUCCUGGUCACCUUCGUCGCCUACGCGCUCCUACCUGUGCGGACACUGUUGGCUGUUUUGUUGGGAAUAAUGGUCUCCAUCUCGCAUUUGAUUGUGACUGCCACCUCCGUCACAGCAAAAACACAGAAACUAUGGAGAACGUUGGUUGCCAACACAGUGCUGUUCACCAGUGUCAACCUGUCAGGGCUGUUUGUGCGCAUCCUGACAGAGCGAGCCCAGAGGAAGGCCUUCCUGCAGGCUCGCAACUGCAUCGAAGAGAGACUACGCAUGGAGGACGAGAACGAGAAACAGGAGCGCCUGCUAAUGAGUCUGUUGCCCAGAAACGUAGCUAUGGAGAUGAAAGAGGAUUUCCUGAAGCCCCCAGAAAGGAUCUUUCACAAAAUCUACAUCCAGCGCCAUGACAAUGUUAGCAUCCUCUUUGCAGAUAUAGUCGGUUUCACCAGUCUGGCCUCCCAGUGCACAGCCCAGGAACUGGUUAAACUGCUAAAUGAGCUGUUUGGAAAGUUUGAUGAGCUCGCCACGGAGAACCACUGUCGCAGGAUUAAGAUCCUGGGAGAUUGUUACUACUGUGUGUCCGGACUGACCCAACCCAAGACCGACCACGCCCACUGCUGUGUAGAGAUGGGUCUGGACAUGAUUGACACCAUAACGUCAGUAGCGGAGGCCACGGAGGUCAACCUAAACAUGCGCGUGGGCUUGCAUACAGGUCGGGUGCUGUGUGGAGUGCUGGGUCUCAGAAAAUGGCAAUAUGAUGUGUGGUCCAAUGAUGUGACCCUAGCCAAUGUGAUGGAGGCUGGAGGAUUACCUGGGAAAGUCCACAUCACCAGAUCUACGUUGGAGUGCCUAAAUGGGGAUUAUGAGGUGGAGCCUGGAAACGGUCACGAAAGAAACGCCUUCCUCCAAAAACAUGAAAUUGAAACCUUCUUUAUAGUGCCAUCUCACCGACGGAAGAUAUUCCCAGGAUUGAUUCUUUCGGAUAUAAAGCCCGCCAAAAAGAUGAAGUUCAAAACUGUGUGCUACUUACUAGUGCAGCUUAUGCACUGCAGGAAGAUGUUCAAGGCUGAGAUUCCCUUCUCCAAUGUCAUGAACUGCGAGGACGGUGAUAAGCGGAGGGCAAUGCGGACAGCUCCACAGAAGCUGAGGAAUCGUUCCAACACAAACCAGGCUACUGUGAUCCAAAGCAGCCCCAGAACCCGGGUCAACCGCUACAUCGGUCGGCUGAUCGAGGCCCGCCAGACCGAGUCAGACACAGCGGACCUCAACUUCCUCACACUCAUGUAUAAGUGCUCUGAGCGCGAGCAGAGGUACCACCAGGUUCCUGAUGAGUACUUCACCAGCGCAGUGGUCCUCUCUCUGAUCCUAGCUGCCUUGUUCGGCCUUGUCUAUCUUCUCAUCAUACCACAGGGCACAGUGGUACUUGUCCUUCUCGUCUUCUGCAUCUGUUUCCUAGUAGCUUGUAUCAUGUACCUGCAUAUCACUAGAGUACAGUGUUUUCCAGGGUGCCUGACCAUUCAGAUUCGCACUGCUCUCUGUAUUCUCAUAGUGCUCUUAAUCUACGCUGUGGCCCAGGCCUGUGUGGUGGGCUGCAUGCCCUGGUUGUGGGGUAGUGCCAACACCAACAGCUCCAUCAUCAUCAUUGAUUUGGACAGCGGGGCCAACCACACCAUGGCGGAGCUGCCUUGUGACGGUGCCCGCUACGCCUUCCUGUCCUGUGUGGUGGGCACACUUACCCUGGCACUUUUCCUGCGGGUCUCCUGGCUGCCAAAGAUGGUGCUAAUGCUCCUUCUGGGGGUGCUGUAUGUCACUGUGCUGGAACUCAGCGGCUUUCGCAAGACUGAAGGUGGGGGGUCCUUCCACAUCCGGGGCUAUGAGCCCAUCCUGUCUCUGUUGCUCUUUGUCAGUGCUCUGGCCCUCCACUCCAGGCAACUUGACCUCAAACUACGCUUGGACUUCCUAUGGGCAGUGCAGGCCGAAGAGGAUAGAGAUGGCAUGGAGAAAGUCAAGCUGGACAACAGGAGGAUUCUCUUCAAUCUUCUCCCCGCACACGUGGCUCAACACUUCCUGUUGUCCAACCCCAGGAACAUGGUGAGCCACGCUAAUAGACAGGCAGACAGACAAACAGACAAACAGGACCUAUACUAUCAGUCCUACGCACAAGUCGGUGUCCUGUUCGCCUCGAUCCCAAACUUCAACGAUUUCUACAUCGAGCUGGAUGGCAACAACAUGGGAGUAGAGUGCCUGAGACUACUGAAUGAAAUCAUCGCUGACUUUGAUGAGCUCAUGGAUAAGGAGUGCUACAAAGACAUUGAGAAAAUCAAAACCAUUGGCAGUACAUACAUGGCAGCUGUGGGCCUCGUCCCCACCAUUGGUACUAAGGCCAAAAAAUCUGUUUACGACCAUCUGAGCACAAUAGCCGACUACGCCAUUGAGAUGUUUGAUGUUUUGGAUGAAAUCAACUAUCAGUCAUAUAAUGAGUUUGUGUUGAGAGUGGGUAUCAAUGUGGGUCCAGUGGUUGCUGGAGUGAUUGGGGCAAGGCGACCUCAGUAUGACAUCUGGGGGAACACAGUCAAUGUGGCCAGCAGGAUGGACAGCACUGGAGUACCAGGAAAGAUACAGGUGACCGAAGAUGUCUAUCGCCUGCUCAAUACCAACUAUGACCUGGUGUGCCGUGGCAAAGUCAGUGUCAAGGGUAAAGGUGAGAUGCUGACUUACUUCUUGGAAGGCAAAGUUCAGGGCGUGGGCACUGCAACCACUUCUUCAGUGGUGCGUUCCGCCAGCCUGGCGCGCCGGAUCCACUCCUGUGGCAAGACGAGCGUCCCGACCAAUCUGGGCAGCGUCUCCUCCGCCGCCAGCCUGACCGCGUUUGCCAGCAUGGGCAGCAACAUGCAGAUGAACGUUGCCAACAGCAGCAACAGCCAAGCGACAUGCCUGCCCUCAUCCUUCGUGCCCGCAGUGGGUGAGGAGGAUGAGGAGGACUUAGAGGUGACAGAUAUUGAUAUUGAGGCUGUGGCAGAUGUAGCAGUGUAGGAAGAAAGACUACAAACUUCACUGAAGAAAGAAAAGAAAACCCUGGUUGGAGGCCUGGAGAAGACAGGGCUGUCCAGGUACUUCCUUUAAAUCCUGAGCUACUGGCGCAACCCAGAAUGUGCUCAUUCAGGAUAGGAACUUCCGGAGAAAUGACAAUCAUACUCGCUUUUAGGGAAUUUUAACUGCUUUCCACUCUUGGAAGACAAACGUGGAGUGAAUAAGAAAGAUACCUGGAAUCUCAAAUCCUCUUUCAACAUCUCUAUACCAGAUGAUUAGGUUUGUGGUGUCCUGGGUUCCCUCAAAUCCAGGUAUAAUGUGCAUCUUUGUUUUCUAUGUGGUACAUAUUCCAUGUACAAGGGAUAUGUGCAUUUAUAUCCACAAAAAGACUGAUCAUGCUAUUGCUUUUGCACUGUCUUUCUGAUUAUGCCAAGGAUACAUUGCAUUAUUUACAGUGUAAAAUAGUGUUGUUUCUUUUUGGUGUGUGUAAGCAUGCAUGUGUGUACUUGUGAGUGUGUGUAUGCAUGUGUGGUUAAUUCUGAAUUGUAACGAAACAGCACAAAGUACUUUUUUUAUACUCAGAACUCACUAGAUAGAAAUACUAGAAUCACUAGUAAUCACUAGAAAUAUGCUUUUUUUGAGACAUAUUUACAGUUAAUAGUGCAUGACUUUUUAAGAGUUGACAGCCAUAGUAACGGUACUCCUGUUGAAAGAAAACCAAAGUAUUGAGCUUUCCAUAGAUCUUUAGUUUUACUGCUUAUAUUGCCUCAACAUACAGGAGAGAAGAGAACAAGUUGCAGUAGGUUGAACACAUCUGGCAUUCAAUAGACUUUAAAAGUGUCUUUUUGAACCCUGCAAAGAGGAAAUAAGGUUUCCUGAAUGUUUUAUAUUAUUUUGUACUGGUUCACAAUAGUUUUAAGCAACUACAAGGAGUUUUGAACAGUUUAGAAAGCAUUCUCAAUUUAAAACUGAUGCCUCUGUAUGACCAACACAAGCAAACGAGAGAGAAAAGAUUGGCAAUUUCUAUGUAAUUAUGCAUAAUGCCUGUCUGCGAGUCCGAUUUCCCACGGAAUCAGAUUAACUGAUUUACAGCAUGCAGAACAGAAGGUGUUUACAUUUUCCUAGGGAGGGUUUCAAUGAAUAGCAUGUUAGCAAGUUGAAAGAGCCCAGGAAGAGAUUUUUCUUUAGAGAAUUUUAUUUUUGAUGUUUUAUUUUGUGGUUAUGGCUGAUACUUGGGCAGGAUCAGCAAAGAGAAAAAGAGAAUAAUUGACUGAAGUAAAAGCUUAAAGUGACAGUGAUGUAGCUUGGGCCAGGACAGGAGUUAGUCAUUCUAUAGAUGACAAAGAAUUGUGGGAUUUAAAAGGAUCUGAAAUUGAUCCUAAAUUGGCCCCCUUCCUCCUAGACAGAUAUGUAAUAUGUAUUUUAUUUAUGGAGUACAUCGUAAGACGUGCAUAAAUAUAUGAAUUUACGUUGGUGGCUAAAACACAGUUUAUUCGCUGUGCAUCCUGUAAACAGCUGUGUUUCAAAUGGGAAAAUUGUAUUAAAAAUAAUUUGCAUCUUUUCAGAUCGAUGGUGCUGAUGGAAGCACUACCAUUUUUGUCCACAGGGGCCGCCAAAAUCAAUACAAAAAGAAAGUUCCUUGUAGUUGCUUUAUUACAAUGUGGCGUAUUAAGUCAACACACAAGAAAUGGCGUGGACAGUGGGGAAGCAGUAAAGGUCAACGAACAGAGGAAAUCUAAAGAAUAAUUUUAAUGAGUGGGAUGUGUGCUGCUAUGGAAACUAGUUAAUGCCAAAACUGGACCAAUCACAAAGAAUAAUCAACAUCACACAUGGACUAUGUAUGGUGCAACAUAUUUGUAGAUAUCCAGGAAGGCAUUCAUCCACACAGAAGAGAGCACAUACAUUAUUUAAGCACAUAGAGUAAGCACAUAACUUCCACAAAUGCACGAGCUCGUCCUUUAGCCUAAGCCUUUCAGAUGCUCCAUGUACAUUGACACAUUUCUUGAGACCACAAAAACUUUGGUGCAGUGUCAUCUUUCAGGCAUACUUUACAUACUCCAGCUUUUUUGCUAUAUUUAAGCUACAUUUUGAGUUUUCCUCAAGAAAAUAGAAGCUUUAGCACGUCUCUCUCUCUGAUACAAACAGUCUCAGAAAUGCCAGGCACUUCAGAUAUCUUUGUAGCCUAUAUCUUUAUCAGCGUUGAACUUUCUCUUGAUCUGCAAAAGUGUAAAUACAUCAUGUUUCAAGUUUUUGCCUUACUCAAUAAGCUUACAGUGAUUGCAACCUGCCUUUUUAGAUAUACUCACUUUGAUAUGCAGAUCAUUCUUUUUGUAAAUAGCCAAAAGCUGUAAACUAUGUUGUAUCUUGUACAGUGUAAAGUUGGGUUAUUGAAUAUUUUGUAAUAAAGACAAUAUUGGUGUAUAAAA